AAAACGAAUGAUGCAAUUACCGCAUGAAAUCUAUUUCCGUGGAAGCACCGUCGACUGAAUCACAUCACGCGUAACCCAUACCCACCUCUCUAAGCUACCUUUUCCUUCACUUCACCUUCCUCAUAACCAUUUUCUUCUUUCUAUUCUCAAUUUCUCAACUUUCUCUUUCCAAUUCUCCAAUCACCAACCAUGGUUCCACCGGCGACACAACCGCCCAACCCCCAAGAAACCCAACAAUUCCUCAGCUCCGUCCUCUCCCAGCGCGGCCCAUCCGCCGUCCCCUACUCCGAAGACACCAAAUGGCUCAUCCGUCAACACUUGAUCUCUCUCCUCACAACCUUCCCUUCCCUUGAACCCAAAACCGCUACUUUCACUCACAACGAUGGCCGCACCGUUAACCUCCUCCAAGCCGACGGAACCAUACCCAUGACGUACCAAUCCGUUACCUACAACAUCCCUGUCGUUAUCUGGCUCAUGGAAUCGUACCCUCGUCACCCUCCUUGUGUCUAUGUUAACCCUACCAGAGACAUGAUCAUCAAACGCCCUCACCCUCAUGUUAACCCUUCUGGCCUUGUUUCUGUUCCGUAUUUGCAUAAUUGGAUCUACCCUAGUUCCAAUUUGGUUGAUCUUGUUCUCUCUUUGAGUCUUGUAUUUGGUCGUGAUCCUCCUCUUUAUUCCCAACGUAGAACUAGUAACAACAACCCUAAUCCCAAUCCCAAUCAUAACCCUAAUAAUAACCCUAAUCAUAACCCUCAUCAAAAUCAUCAUCCUAAUCCAAAUAUCAAUCAAAGUUCUAAUUUUGCAAAUGCUUCUUCAUCUGGGUAUCCUCAUCCUGCUAGGAAUAAUUACCCUCCUUCACCUUAUUCGCCUUCGCCUUCGCGGCCUUCUCAUACGGAGGAUCCUACUGAGGUUUUUAGGAGGAAUGCUAUUAACAAGCUAGUGGAGAUGGUGCAUAAUGAUGUUACAUCUUUGAGGAAGACUAGAGAAGCUGAAAUGGAGGGUUUGUUUGGUUUGCAAGGGGUUUUGAAGCAGCGCGAGGAGGUUCUGGAUAAAGGUGUGAGGGAAAUGCGAGAGGAGAUGGAGGGUUUGGAGCAGCAACUUCAGAUGGUUUUGAUGAAUACUGAUGUUUUGGAGGGUUGGUUGAGGGAUAAUCAAGGGAAGAAGUUGGAGAGUUUGGAGAAUGUGGAGGAUGCUUUUGAGUGUGUGGAUGUGCUUUCUAAACAGAUGCUUGAUUGUACUGCUGCUGAUUUGGCUAUUGAAGAUACUCUUUAUGCGUUGGAUAAGGGUGUUCAGGUGGGAGCUGUGCCGUUUGAUCAGUACUUGAGGAGUGUGAGGGUGUUGUCGAGGGAGCAGUUCUUUCACCGGGCUACGGCUGCUAAAGUUAGAGCUGCUCAGUUGCAGGCUCAGGUUGCUACUAUUGCUGCGAGGAGUCAUCAUUAUGGUAGCUGAGGAUACAUGGCUAGGACCAAAUUACCUGUGUGAAUUAGAUAUCCUAGAACUGAAAAAGAGGCUAGUUUAAGAAACAUCUAUUUCAUAGUACAUUUCCUCGUUAGAAAUUUUCUUUUUCACCAUCUCUCUUCCGUAAAGGAUUGUUUGUUUGUGUUGACCGAUUGUUAUGAUUCAGAGAAAGUGCUAGACUGCUUAUUUACUACUUGUUUGAACUCGAGAGUCAACUUCAUAGCUCUUAAAUGAUAAUAUUUAGAAACUCUGCACUUCCAGACUCUCUUCAAGCUGAUGUGUCUACAGCUCUUCUCUUGUUUGAUUUAUGUUUGUACCUAUGAUGAAAUAUGGUGGAUGCAGAAAAAUAUGUACAUCAUUUUGAUCAUUUUUUUCUAGUGAUAAUUUGCCAAAUCGUUGCGCCUGAAAUAAUUAAGCUGUUUGUUGUCUUUGCGGCCGUGUUCUAUGGAAU